UUUGAUUCGAUAAAACUCGUUGAGUGUGUUAUCUAGUUGAUUCAUUCUCUUGGAAAAGGCACAUUUACGCAUACGGGCGAUAAUGCUUCGAAAAAGUGAUCAUUUAAGUGAGUGUUGAGGGCGGAAAGUUUCUAUUUUCAGUCAUGGACAAGUCGGACGAUUGUGGGCCCCCCAAAGACAACUCCAUCCUGAUUUAUGUCUUGUUUUACUCGUUUGGGGUUGUGACAGUGGUGCCGGCGAACUUCUUCACAACUGCGACCGAUUACUGGAUGUUCAAAUUCCGCGAUCCUGACAGCAAUAUCAGUUAUAAUAGUGAUAACAGGACCGGCCUCCAGGCCGAAUUCACGUCAGAUUAUAUAAUUUGUUCAAAUGUGAGCAAUGUCUUAUUUAUAAUACUGACAAUCCGGGUUUUACGGAAAUAUUUAAGUUUGCUGUAUAGGAUUCUGGGGGGGCUCCUGGGGCUCAUUUUCAUGUUUGUCCUGACCUGUGUUUUCGUCCGGAUUGACACCGACCCGUGGCAAAGGGAUUUUUUCGUCUUAACUCUAAUCACCGGAUUUGGCCUCAGCGCCUUUUCCGGGAUUUUCAUGGUUUCGGUAUUCGAGCUCGCGGCGAAGUUCCCCUCCAAAGACCUCGCCCCCCUAUUUUCGGGGCAAGCAAUCUGCGGGAUUUUCGCCGCUUUGGUGCAGAUCUUCGCCCUGGGGGUCGGCGGGGGCCCUGCCACCACGGGGCUCAUCUACUUCCUCCUCGGGAUGUUUUUCGUCUUUUUCACUCUAGUGGGGUUUCUCGGUCUUUGGCGAAGGUCAAAAUAUUUCGAUUUUCACUUAAUGAAGAAAUUGGAAGCGACGAAAACCGAUUUGAAAUUGGAUAAAGAAGUGAUCAAGUCGGCGAUUAAAAAAGUGAGGUUGUAUAUGGGGUCCAUGGUGCUGGUCUUGGGGUGCACCAUCAUGGUACAUCCGGGGGUGACCUCGCUGGUGGUGUCGGUGGAUAAGGGCGAUGGGACCCCAUGGGGCGACACGUUUUUUGGGCCUGUUUUGAAUUUUCUCUUCUUUUAUUUGUUUGAUUACGUGGGACGUGAAGUUGCAAUGUACUUCAAGAAGCCUUCUGAUGGAUUCACACUCCUGGUUUUGAGCCUCCUUCGCAUCCCUUUUAUCCCCCUUUUGCUCUUUUGCAACGCCCAACCCAGAGACCACCUCGGCGUUGUGUUCAAUUCCGACGCUGUUUAUGCAAUUUUUAUGAUUAUUUUCGCAUUCAGUAACGGAUUUUUGAUCAAUCUUGACAUAAUUAUGGUUCCAAAGGUCACAAAUGACGAGGAGAAGCCCUUUGCAAUGCUCACAAUUCUCCUACUCAUGGUUCUCAGUAUGGCCAUUUGCGCAGGAACCAGCGCAGCUCUAGUCAAAGCCUUGUAAAAAAUUGAAGGGCACAUUUCCGUCCCCCAUCUGUGAUAAUUGUCACAAUAUUAUCAGUUUCGUAAUCGAAAAUUUUAAAAAUAAAUAAUUUGAAUUAAAA